AUGGGGUCCUGCUCUGAGGAUGUCCGUCACAUGACGGACGAAAAAUCCGCAAGAAUUCAUCAGAGUCGCAAGGUGGUGCGCCGAAGCCUUUUUCGCACAAAUGUACAAUCUCAGCUCCAAGGCAAUCCCCCUACAGCUUCCGGUGAGACCAAAUUACGAAUUUCUUCCAGUCGCCUCUUUAACCGAAUUGGAAGAUACACCAACAUCAAUCACGUAAGGGAUUCUUCGAACCCCAGUUUCUCCGCAUAUUCGCAUUUUGUUUUCAUCUAA